AUGUCUAAGUCAGAGUCUCCCAAGGAGGCAGAACAGCUGCGGAAGCUCUUCAUUGGAGGGCUGAGCUCUGAGACAACUGACAAGAGUCUGAGGAGCCAUUUUGAGCAAUGGGGAACACUAACCGACUGUGUGGUAAUGAGAGAUCCAAACACUAAGAGAUCCAGGGGCUUUGGGUUUGUCACAUACGCCACUGUGGAAGAAGUGGAUGCUGCCAUGAAUGCAAGACCACACAAAGUGGAUGGAAGAGUUGUGGAACCUAAGAGAGCUGUGUCAAGAGAAGAUUCUCAGAGACCAGGUGCCCACUUAACUGUGAAAAAGAUCUUUGUUGGCUGUAUUAAAGAAGACACUGAAGAACAUCACCUGCGAGAUUAUUUUGAGCAGUAUGGUAAGAUUGAAGUGAUAGAAAUUAUGACUGACAGAGGCAGUGGAAAAAAGAGGGGCUUUGCUUUUGUCACCUUUGAUGACCAUGACUCUGUGGAUAAGAUUGUUAUUCAGAAAUACCAUACUGUGAAUGGCCACAACUGUGAAGUAAGAAAGGCUCUGUCGAAGCAAGAGAUGGCUAGUGCUUCGUCCAGCCAGAGAGGUCGAAGUGGUUCUGGGAACUUUGGUGGUGGUCGUGGAGGUGGUUUUGGCGGCAAUGACAAUUUUGGUCGAGGAGGGAACUUCAGUGGUCGUGGUGGCUUUGGUGGCAACAGUGGUGGUGGUGGAUAUGGUGGCAGUGGGGAUGGCUAUAAUGGAUUUGGCAAUGACGGAAAUGUCACACGGCCAAGAAAUCAGCAGCUGGGGCUGAAGUGA